UCAUGACAGCAAUCUUCGCAUUGACUGCGAAAUAUUUGUUGAUUGUUCAUAUUUUCCUUGUCGUGAUCUCGAUAGCAAUCGCACCCCCAUACGAUGGCAUGAACGAAUACCAGGAAGAAUACAAGCUGCCCCCGUUACAGUUCGGUUAUGAAGAAUUACAGCCUCUUUUGGACGGAGCGACUGUUCGCGUUCACCACACUGGUCACCAUGCAGCGUAUACAAGAAAGAUGAACGGCGCUUUACGGGAAUGGAGGAAGGAUUCCGAAGUUGGGGAAAAAGAAUUGUCUGAAAGCUCAAUUCUUACUGUGUUAAGAAACAUUGACCGAAUUCCUGAAAAAUAUCAAACUGUCUUGAAAAAUAAUGGUGGAGGAUUUGUUAAUCACAAUAUAUACUGGUCAAGUCUGUCACCAAAUCCCAGUGAGAGGCAAAGGUACCCAGAGGGAAAACUAUCGAAUGAUAUAGAGAGGGAAUUCGGAGAUUUUCAAAAUUUUCAACUCAUUUUCACCCAAGAGGCUACAUCAUUGUUUGGCUCAGGUUAUGUGUGGUUGUCAAGAGAUCCCAUUGAUGGCUCCUUGGUGAUUUCCAAAACAGCCAAUCAGGAUUCAGCAAUUUCAUCAGGACUCUGCCCAAUUUUAGUUCUGGAUGUGUGGGAACAUGCUUACUACCUGAAACACCAAAACAAACGGCCAAAGUACAUUGACGACUGGUGGCUGCUAGUUGAUUGGUCCAGAGUUUCUCAGCUUGAUGAUUGGUGGAGAAAAGUGGACUCUGUUCAUGAUGAAUUGUAGUUGUUGUAGAUGUAUAUACACUGUAUUUUCUUUUUCGUUAAAAAAAAAAUGUUGACGUAAAAUUCUAUUAUGUGUUUUUUGAAGAACAAGGAGUCAUCUUUCACAACGGCCAUUCCAGCCGUGUUCCUCCUAAAGUUUAACAUUUUACAAGUGACUCAUUUUGCUUGAUUCUUGUUGCUUCACCCACCUUAUGAAGCUACUUAAUAGAUUUUUGUGAAUUCUGAAUAAUUUCUCAUCAGAUGUGUUGAUAUCAAAGUGUCAUACAUUUUCACAUACAAAACUGCAGGUGAAAUACAGUAUUUCAGUACCAAAAUCACCAAACAGUAAAU